AUGGAAAAUAUCAAUAAUAUGCAAAUCGAUUUAGAAGAGCAGAAAAUAUUCACUAAGCAGUACUCUGACAAGCAAGGAGAUUUUGCACAACAACUCUUAGCACUGCAAAGUUUUCUAGAAAGCUUUCAGCAACAAUUGUGUCCAGAAUUGAAAGGAAAGGAGAUUAUUUCAGCAUCAAGAACAACUUCAGGGACAACAACUCUCCUAUUGCAACAAUACAUUCAACUAUAUAAGCAAGAAUUGCAAGAUCAGCCAUUAAAUAAUCGUCAAGAACUCCUAAAGUUUCAGUUAACACUUUUACAAAAAUUUGAACGUUUCACAGAAGACCACAAAAUUAUAUUAAAAUUGAAUUAUGGACAUAUCCAACAUGAAACCCUCUUGGAAGUCUUAGAUCGAUUUCAAAAUAAUAUACAUGACUAUCGAACAUAUAUAGAUGGACAUAGACAGUACUUACAACAAGAACUACAAAUGCUAAAGAAGCCCGUGGAAGAUAAUAUCAUAAAGUUAUGUCUUGAUUUUGGUGAUAAUUUUAUAAUUAGUAAAGAGGUAUAUAAUGGAUUUCUUUUACCACAUCAAAAUUCCGGCAUUCUAAAUAGAAUUGUUCUUAAUCAUAUUCACUCUACUGAAAUUAAUAAUAUUUCUGAGCAAGAAUAUAAAUAUAAGGAAUUAGAAAAAAAAUAUGAAGAAUUAACUAAGAAUAUCGAAAGAAGAAACAGUGAGUCUGUAACAAAUUAUUUAGCGCAGAUUCAAGGGCUUAAAAAUGAAUACGAUGUAUUGAAUGGACAAUAUAUUGAAUUGAAAAAAAACAAUCAUGAUUUAGAAAAUAAAAAUAAUGAAUUAUCUAAAAUUCUUGAACAUCUCAAAGCGGAAAAUGAAAACCAAGAAUCGG